AUGCUGCUCCGCCGCGCGAUUACCAACACGAGCCGAUGCUGGUACAGCUCAGUCAGCUCUCUGAAACCCUCGAAGCAGUUCCGCGACUCGUUGAGCGACGUCGAGAAGCGCGAGCUUGACCGAACGCUAAAACAAUUCGAGAUUUUUCAAUAUAUGGGUCGAAUUGUUCCGAAAUUCAUGACUGAUGAGCAUUGGCGGCGAACGAUUGAUGAAUCGAGUUUGGACACGCGCGUCGAGUUCUGGGAGUUUCUUGGGCUCACGCAGAAACGCGAAGAGCGAAAGAAGACGAAGAACCAGGAGGAGGCCGACGCCUACAAGCGACACCUUCAGGAGCAGGAGGCGAUCUAUGAGGCCGGCGGAAUGGGCUACGGGCCGGGAAUGUACCAGCUGGUGCAUAGUCCGCUGCGCAAUCGCAAGAAGAUCAACAACGUCCAAGGGUACAAGGUCUACGCGGCGAUGAUGACGAACGCGCCGCGAAUCGCGUUCGACGUCCAAUAUGUCGCCGAGAUGCCGCAUCGGCAGCGAUCGGAGCUCGGCACGCAGCUACAGUACGCGAUCAGCGAGAAUUUCGCGGCGAGAACCACGUUCGCGAUGAAUUUUGUGAAUUCGCCCAAAGCCGAAUUCAUGCAGAAAUGGUUCGAGAAGUUUGUCGGAUUCUAUCGCGGCGAUUAUCAAUAUCAAACGUUGCUGCCGGAUUUCUCGCAAAAAGGCAUCAAAGAAAUAUUCAAUCCCAAGGACCAUCAAAUCGUGUACAUCUCGCGAUACGCGCGCGACGUCAUUGACGGACCAUUGACUGCCGACGUCGUGUCGUUGUGCGUCUCGAUGGACCACAAGCGAGAAUCGUUGGGAGCCGCUCGACGAGCCGGCAUACGCGCCGUUCGUCUACCGAUUCAUCGUUACGUCAAAUGGAAGUCGGGGGCGCAAUUUCUGCCGAUUCCCAACGUCGUCAAUGUCAUUCGCGAUGUGUACGAGAAUGGCGGCGACUGGAACACGGCGCUUCAUCGGAAUAUCAGCAAACGCCAUUUGAUCGAUCACAGCGAGGAUGAGCGCGCUCAGAUGAGAGCCGCGAAGCGAAAAGCGAUGAUUGAAGAGCGAAGGGAACUGCUUGAGGCGAUUCGAGCGGCCACUGAGAAUUCAUGA